AUGCCUCUGGACAAAGGCAUGGAUGCAACUCUGCAGACGCCUCACCAGCUCUCACCAGGCGAUUUUUCGACCCCUGUGCCUCCUUCCAGCCCAUCCCCCUGGAAUUCAAUUCGGCACAACCUGUCCCUGCACACCCGCUUCAUCCGUGUGCAAAAUGAAGGCACUGGCAAGAGCUCCUGGUGGAUGCUGAACCCCGAAGGUGGCAAAACUGGGAAGACACCCCGUCGGCGAGCCGUCUCCAUGGACAACAACAGCAAGUUCCUGCGGAUCAAGGGCAAAGCCAGUCGGAAAAAGCAGAUCCAGACUGCUCAGGAACGAGGAGAGGAAAGCCCGGCUAGCCAGCAGGCCAAAUGGUCAGAGAGUCCCACCUCCCAUGCAAGUGAGGAAUAUGAUGCUUGGGCUGACUUCCGGACACGGGCCAACUCCUCGGCCAGCACGCUGAGUGGUCGCCUCUCCCCCAUCAUGGCCAACCAUGAGCCAGAUGAGCUGGAGGAGGAUGAUGGGACCCCAUCCUCCCCACUGAUGUACCCCAGCCCUUCUAGCACCCUGUCCCCCUCCCUGAACGCCCGCUGUUCAGUGGAGAUGCCCAGGCUGACUGAUCUCACUGGCACCAUCAACCUGAACGAGAGCCUGGGAGAGAGCCUCCUGGAUGACCUGCAGGACAACUACAGCAUGAACCCCGCCCAGCCACUUUCUGCUGGAGGACUCCGACCCAGGACCUCCAACUUUGGCUUCAGCUCCAAGUGCUCCUCAGUGGGUGCAGGAGGUGGGGGAGGGGGAGGAGGUGGUAAUACCUACUCUGGGACUAUUUAUAGCCAGCCUGCCAUGAGCAUCAUGCGCCGUUUGCCCAUGCAGACGAUCCAAGAGAACAAGCAGGCCACCUUUGUUCCCAUGAAUUCCUACCGCAACGCCUCGUUGCAGGACCUGCUCUCCUCCAUUUCCUACGCGCACAAGGAGGGUGAGCCACAUCUGCCGCCAGCCAACAGCAUGGGCCUGCCUCGCAGCCACAGACAAAAUGCCCUGGUGUGUAGCGGUGGGGGUGGAGGCGGAGAGAUAGGUUUGGUCCCCUACCCUCCCCACUCGUCCUCUCUCAUGAAGAGCAACACGUUAUACCACCCAUCACCAGCUGGCCACCACCCUCCUCUUAACAACAGUGCCUUACCCUCUCCGAUCAGCCUUAUGAGCCUGCCCAGUGACACUUGCAGCAUGGUGAACAUGCCCCACCACGGGCAUCUCCAUUCCUACAUCAACAACCAGGGGGCGCACAUGAGCUUGCUAGAUUCCUUGCAGGGACCAUACCCAGAAGCCAUGCAUACCCCUGGUUUGAGUCAGGACAGAUUCCCAGCAGAUCUAGACUUGGACAUGUUCAAUGGGAGCUUGGAAUGUGAUGUGGAGUCCAUCAUCCUCAAUGACUUCAUGGACAGUGACGAGAUGGACUUCAACUUUGACUCGGCUCUUCCGCCACAAAAUGGUCUCAAUGUGGCCCCUUUGCCCAGUGCCCCACAACCCACCAAUCAAAGCUGGGUACCUGGAUGAGGCCCAUUCAGGUUGCUCAAACCCAGCAGUCAGUGGGGUGAAGAGGGUAUUGGGAAAACAGAACUCUUUCCUCCACCAUUCAGCCCUGCUAUUCUUCUUUUCUUUGCCUUCAUUUCUUCAGCCAGGCUAGAGCCAUCUGUUGAAACUUGACAACAACACUACAAACAUACACAUACACACACACACACACACACACAAUGUAGGGUAAAAUGUUUUGACAGGUACCGGCGGCUUCCCGCCUUGUGCCAGGUGUAUUGUGCAGUAAGUCGGAUCUGUCUUUGAUGUGUGCAAUAGGCACAAGUUAGCCAUGGCAUUGCAAAGUCGCUUCCCCCCCCAUAUCCUCCCUCCCCUCCCUCCCUCCCUGGGCAUUUGCACUAUUGCACAGAAAGAGGGAACAGAUGAUCUGUGACCUGAAGAACAGUUUAGAGCUAUUGCCAGGCAUUCACACUAACCUAGAUGGCUUCCAUGAAAAGUUAGAAGUUUUUCACUGGCUGCUUUCCUAACUAUUCUCCCCACAUCUAAACUCUGAUUUGAUUUCGUCCUCUCACCCAUUCCUUGCCCAUCUAUGUCCCCUGUUUUAUGCAGCCACCAAGAGCGACAGGGAAGAACUUCCCAUGUGAAACCUAGGUUUAUCAUAUGAUAGCUCCAUUAUAUCUCCAUCAUUUUAACUGAAUCACUGAGGAUUUGCUCAACAGGUAGGAAAAAUAGAUCUAAGGUAUUUGUGGCAUGGCUGGUGCAGAAAGAAAAAAUGUGUUUGAUUGCUAUGGAUCUAGCCACUUACUCUGUGAACUUUGCAUUGCCCAGUAGACGUGGGGUGUAACAAGAACUGAACUCAAUCUAAUCCAACUCAAUGUUGGCUAUUUUUUAUGUGCAUUUUCAUGCCAUCUGGGUUUGCAACAGGAACACAUAGUUCACAGUAUGAAAUGCGCGUGCACGUGGCCACAAGUAGGGGAAUGUGCCCUGAUACUAUGCUCCAGCACACAAAUAUGUGCAUUUUGCACUUAAAAAAUGGCAUUUGGCAUUAUGGUAGAUAUGGCUACUGGUAGGAUGGGCAGGUUAAGCAGGAAGGUGGAACUUAUUUUCAGAGUUUGCACCUUCAGAAAUGAAACUCAUAGGGCUGAACAUAACAGGAAGCCAAUAUAAAACCCCCAAAUAACUGAUUUUGGUUCUAGAAAUUGAUUAUUCCUGGCAAUCUGGAAUAAGGAGGAAAUGGGUAACUUCUUUCUUUCCAUGCAAAGAAAUCUGAAGGUCUGCAGUUGAAUGGGCUGAAAGGAAAAAAAAACCCUGAAAAGAAAGGAUUGGCUUUAUUAGAAUAGGAGCACCAGUUUAGGAGAACCAAACCCACAAGGUGAUGAGAGAAAACUAGAGUUCUACCCAGACAUGGCAUGACAGGUGAUGGAUCAAUGUCAGGGUCAAUGUGAGAAAAGACUAAAUAUCUGGGACCUGUCUCAGGUCACCUUGGUGUCAGCCUUCCCUCGGUUUCUGUCUGCUCAUUCAUGAGUGUUGUUUGCUACACUGAGACCAAACAUGGAUAUUUGGUUUCUUGAAAUGCUCACCUUUCAAUAAUAGGGAAAAGUUUUGUAAUGUCAAGUGUAAAGUCUCUACAGGAAGGGUAACACACUUCACAGAGUCUUUCAGCAGAAUGUUCAUUGUGUCUCUUUCUCAUGUACGUUCAUGCUCUCAAGUGCACACAUAUCAGGCCUCUGAUUCUGAAAUGAGAACAAGUUGGUUAGAAUUAGUAUAACUGCAGGGUCCAUUUUAAACCCCAGAUCCAGGCAGGUCUUCAAAACAACCCAAUAUACAGGCUUAUUUUAAAGGUUUAGCACUUCAGUGCAAGCUGGAAGCAUUGGAAAUGAUCACUGGAAAUGUUUCUACAGCAGAAGGACUGGUUGUCCCUGUUUUCAUGUAGGAAAACUCAUGCAAAAUUGGUAGAGCCCACCUGAGGCUGAUUCUUGUCUCUGGCUUGCCUGUCCACAGAUGAAAAGGGAUCAGUAGAAUUAUGACAUCCUCGUGGUAGUGCUGGAUUCUGUGGCUUUUUAAAUUCCCAAUCCUUUCAAUCUGUAGGAUGAUAAUAUCCCUUUCCUCAAUUAUCCUUCCUCACAAUCCCUCCUUCCUUGGUGGAACUACAAGAACAGACAAGACAGAAGGACAGAGAGCCAGCCAAUAGUAGUAAUAGAAGAGGCAGGUACUUUAUCUGAAUUAAAAGUGUAAUAUAGUCUGGUGCUGAAUUUAGUGAUCUCCCCAGGCUCUUUGGCUCUUGACUUUCACUUGAUGGUCCCACAAUUGUGACACCAUGGGAAUUCUGUUUUUCCAACAGGCUUUUAAUACCUCUAGUUUUGCGGGCAGAAGCCAAGUGAAAAAGUGGGGACAAAACAUUGUUAAAACCAUAGGAGAGUAGAACUGAAAACAGGAUAAUGCCAUCCUUCAUAUUUCUUUACCUUUUCAACUUUUUUGAGAACCACUCCAAAAAUGUCUGGGGUACUGUGACCCAGCCAAUAUUACGGAUGCACUUUGAAUGAUUCCAUUUGUUUCAGGAGUGGGAUCAAUAAGGGUUUUUUGUUGAUGGAAUUGAUUUGACUGUGGUUUUAGGGCAAACCAAAGGAAGCACUUGUUCACAUGGCAGAUAAUUAAGGACUGGAGUUUGUUGCCACAAGAGAUGGUGACAGCCACUGGCUGAGAUGACUUUAAAAGAUGGUUAGCAUGGUUGAAGGAAAGUGGGACAUCUUUUUAUGGAUUCAUCUCUGGUGGCUAAAUGGAAUUAUUCCAAAACAUGAUGCUUCUGGGUAGCUGAUCCAAGAACAAGGAAGGAUGUUUUUAUGUAUGCCUUCUGGGCAGCAUCCAGUUCAACCCUGCUUGAAAUGGGUCUUCCAAUCUGUGGCCCUUUGUUUGGAACCAGCAGGGUUCUUCUUAAGUUCUGACCACACCAACAUUGAAACAAAUGAUCUGCCUUGAUAUUUGUUAAGUGCAAACUAGCAGUAGAUACAUAAAAUAGUAUGGUGUGGUAUAUUUAUGGAUUUUUUUUAAGGCAAACUCUUUAUAUCCUGAUUCAAAGACUCCCAUGAGAAUUUUUUGUUUUUAAAAAAACAACACUACACUCCUACCAGUUGGAAGUCUGACAGGAGGGGAAGAGCCUCAUCAUGUGCCUCAAAGGAGGGAGAUCUCUUUCCCCAUCCCCACCCUCCACAUUUUCCCAUCUCGCCCCUGGGCUUUUAUUUCAGUAAGGCAAGUUAAUGCUCGGUCAGCCUUCUUUACCCCGUUGGGUGCCUCCAAGGUCCAGAUUGCCCAGCCAGCAUGGCUGUUGCUUAGAAUUCUGAAAAUUGAUAGCUUGUGUGUUCAUUCAGUAUGAAACAGAAUGGUAUUCAGUGCUAAAUCAAGAUGAUAGAGAUGUAAAAUAGAUGCACAGAAGGAGUGGUUGGAAAGACUCCAGGUCCCAACAUUAUGUAUAAGGCAUGGUCACCAUUUAUGAGCAAUGAAGGGAAACAAUGUGGAAUAGUCUCUGGCUUCCCUCCUUCAUUUUUGCACUGCUGUUUCUGGUGUUUCUACCAGCCACACUGUGAUUCUUACCUGAGCCUGGUGUCCAAAGGCCAUCUGCAGUAGGGAGGCAUAGAUUGCUCGUAAUCAGCUGAGUUUGUCAUGGGUAGAGUUCACACAACACGCUAAGACAAAAUAUGAUUUACUUGCUUGUGGUUUAGUGUGUUGUAUGAAUUGAGCCAGUGUGAUUUGUAAACCAGGGUUUAUGAUUUAGUGUGUUGUAUGAAGUCAGUCAAUUGUAGUUUAUUCAGUAAACCAUAUUAAGAAAAUCUUGACUUACAUAUUGGAUAACUCACUUUUGCCCAGGAAAUUAGCAGACUAGGACUCUGAAUGGCCCAUAUUACUCUUUGCUCUGGGUCUAUAUUAGUGACAGGCUUUAAUUUUUUCCCCCAGAUGGGUUUUUUACAGAUUAUUACACUGAAUUUACUAUAUUUUGAUUCCAUAGAAUUCUCUCUCUCUCUUUCUGCUUGCUUUCAACUGUUUUUGUGAUUACCACUAUACUACUGCAUUCUGCUACUACUACUGUAGCAAUUGUUUGGUCCAGCUCAUGAGUUCAUUUUAUAUGUUCAGCCUCAUUUUCCCCAAAUGUAUGUAAUGAAAAAUGAAAUUGUAAACUCAGUGCCCAUUUCUAGAACUUUUUGAAUCCGAGGAGAGGAAGAGAGAGUGAAGAAUCUAUCACCAUUUAUACUAGAAAAUGUGCAGCCACUUUUAAAUUAAAUCCAGUGAGAUUUGGUACUAAGCAGAUGAUUACAGGAUGACAUAUUAAUGUCCUGCAGGGUGAACACAGAUGGAAGGAAUAGAACAAGAGUCAGAAGGCCUCCCAUUCCAGUGAUGUUUCCUCCCUCAGCUCUUUUGUACAGGCAAACAGAGCACAAUUCAUUUGGGUUGUUUGGGUACCAUCCACACAGAAUUUCCACCUCCAGAAAGUGAUCCCCUUGCUCAGUCCAGGUGAUGUAUCAAUGGGGGUCCUUCAGGUGUGCAAUGGCAUCAUAUUUGCCAGGUGUGAUGUUUACUGGUUUUUCUGGAAGUGCAAUGCAGUGCUAAGGGAGCAGGGGAAUCUGGGGGAGGAGUGCGUGUUAAAAAAAGCAAGAUGGUGAUUAUGGCUGCCAUCUUGACUUUUUUGACACCCCUUGUGGAUGCCUUGGCAAGAGAGGGUCUUGAAUGUUGAGAAAGGGCUGGGCAGGGUGCAAUUUUCUCUUUACCAGGUCUCCUUCAAUUUAAUAAGAGAUAAUUUAUCUUAGAAAAUAAUUCAGGGGAGAAGAGAAUUUAGGUGCAAUUCUCAUAGGUAGCAUUCUUGCACUUAUUUAGUUAGAAGGUGGCCAAGGAGUGUGUGUAUAUGAAGAACAUGUAUUUUGUUGACCAAUCCUUUCUCCAGCUGUCUGUAGUCCUCUGGCUUUCUGUACUUCCAUUCAAUUUAAGGGUAGAAACAUUUCCCAUAAAGUGUUUUCAGGAAUGGUAGUACUGUCAUCACAAUUUUUUUCUUUCCCUGGUCCUUCUCUGCCCACAAGUUUGAUGGAAAUUUAUGAAAGAUCAUUUUUGCCUGGCACUGUUUCAGGGAGGUGAGGAUCAGUUGUUGCCUUAGGAAUGGAUGUGAUGAUUAAUUUUCUUCUCGAUCCUUUUGUGGUCAAUCAUCCUCUAGGGCCAAAUUGAGUAUCAACAGUCAAGCUGGCUAACAGAUGCAGCUUUGAUCAUCUUUAUUAUUAUUAACUUUACUUGGUUUUUACAUGUCGCCUAAGAUUUGGGGAGUGCCUAUUUCUCAAAGUCACUAACCUAAUGACUUUGACCUAGUCUUCUCCAAGCUGGUGCCCUCCAUAUGGGUUUGGAUUUAUAGCCUCCAAAAUCCCUUAGCCAGCAUAGCCGUGAGGGAUGAUGAAGCUUGAUGUCCAAUACAAAGGGAAGAAAGUAAGUGGGGAAAGGCUUCCAUAGACAUUUCUAAACCAAGUCUUACCUGCGUGCUUUUGACAGGUUCAGUGAAACAGUGUUGAGCAAAUUAACCUCUAGUGAUGGCAGUGAGGUGCACUGGUGGGCCACUGUCUCUGAAGUGCAGGGUGUCCACAAGGUAUGGUCCAAAAUGUCACGAUGGUGGCCAUGAUUUUUUAUGUGCAUGUGGAAGCUUCGAUCAUACUGUCAUGGCCACAUCCUUGGCUUUUUGGACCCUACCCUGUGCACACCCCUGCUGAUGUGCCUUGCUCGUGUGGCAUGAAACAGCAAGGCAGCGACCAUGCCAAGGAAGUGGAAUAUUGUCUCUGUUUCUAAUCAAGUUGAAUUGUUGCUUUUUGAGUGCAAAAUUAGGAUGGUUUUUCCCCCAAUAAAGUAUUCAUUUGUCAUGCCUGUAUUUAGGAUGGUUUCUUUUCUGACUAUUUUUUUUUCAGGAUCCAAUUUAAUUCACAUGUUUGGAGGGUCAGUAGAAAAUUGUUCUCAAAUGGAAGAAUUACGAUUUUUCUCACUAGACAGACUUAGACUCAUGUCAGCAACCUGAUGCUUAUAGAUAAACAUUUUCUCUAAAAAAAAGCCAAUAUUUCUACUGUUGAAGGAAUGAUUCUGUAAUCUCAACUGGAGGCAGUUGCUUGGUACUGAUAUUCACAGGGCCUCCUGUUCCCUGCUUUGCACACCUUCCUGAAAACUGCCCGGGAGUAGGAUUGUCUGCAAGGUAUGGUAAAAAUAAAGUCAAGAUGGCAGCCACAAGGGUAUGAUUGAAGCUCGCCAGGUUUUUAUGUGUGUCCCGUGUAAAGUGGUCAAAGCUUCAGUUUGCUGCUGCUCAUCAGAAAUGGGUGGGGCUUGGAUCACAUCAUCGCGGCUGCCAUCUUGGCUCUUUGACCAUACCCUGCGGACAUCCCUCCCUGGCGAAUAUGACAGGUUCUUUAACCACUCAACCUGUACACAAAGCCAAGACAGCACAUAACAAGAAAUGAAAAGGGUGCCCAAAACAUGUGCUGCAUUUCUUUCUCUUACAGAAGCCAGCAUAACAGAUCGCAUGAAACCAGGGCAGAUCCUCCAAACCAAAAGAGGUACUUCAUGGCGAAUAAUGUCUAGAUGUUGAAAAGAAUCGAAUCACCACAGUAUCUUCUAUGAGAGGUCAAGAGCAGCCACACUAUUGUCUUGCAGCUCAGGUUGGUUGUAGACAAUGUGCUAAGCUGUAAAGUGAAUGAUGUUUUGGCUUAGUUUAUUGGGCAAACCCAGCCAAUAGUGGUUUAUUCAAUAAACCAUAGUUAAACAAACCAAGUGAAAACAUAGUCAUUGCAUCCCAUAGAUCUCUGUGUCACUUCUGUUUAGACUGUGUGGCUGACUCUUCUUGGGCAAAGUUGCCCUUGGUUUAUUACAUCAAGAUCUGUAGGCGUCAUGUUUCAAGGUCACAGGAGACUGGCGGUAACAUUGCUAGAAAGAUUGGGGCCAAAACAUUUAGCCUACUUUUUCUGGAAGUUGGGAGGUUCUAAGUCCCCUGCUCAAUCAAAAUACAGGAGGCACAUUAAGUCUCCCAAAGGCCAACACACCUAUUUUGAGAUGUUAUGGCUAUGUUCACCCAACAGGCUUAACCAGAUCAAGGCAGUCAGUGGCUGCAAAUGCACAACUUGCUAAGCUUGACUAGUGUUAACCUUGGUUAGUAUUUUUGUGGCUUAGUGUGUUGUGUGAACUCAGGCCAUUUGGUUAGUUUAUGGUUCAAUGUAUUGUACAAACCAGAAAAUGGAUUUAUUCAACCUCUAGGUUACAGGUGUUCUGUGAACAUGGCCUAUUUGUAAAGAAACCUGAGGCUUUCAAUCCCCAUCAUCUUGCCACAAAAGUUUGGCAUUGGUGACUUUGCAAGACUCAACCACAAAUGAGGCAUGUGGUUCAUGGGUUGCCCAUGUUAGACCUCUGGACCAAGUGCAGUCACAGCACACCAGCCUGGCCAUCUCAGCCUAGCCCUCGAUCCUGCAUCAGCCUUGGAGGGCAGAGGAGGAAUCGAAGCACCUAAUACUAGGCUGUUUCAGGGAACAGGAAGCACUGGGGUCUGUGAAAUCGAGUUCAAAGAGCAGACCCACGUUGGAGGGGGCGUCCCAAUGUCCAGAAAUUUUGCCAAGAAGGUUGGCCCAACCAAUUUUUUUCCAGUAAAAUUAAAAGAAAAGUGUGUCUUUCUCCUCCUCGUAUUUAUAACUGUACAGAUGCCGGGGCGGGGGUGGGCUUAGGGGGUUUUCAACAGGCUGUUAUCUCUCACCACACAUAUAUUGUACGCAAUGUAACCUUCUUGAUUGUGCUAUUCUAGUUUUUGUGUAUGUGGCAAUGUAAAGAACUGUGUA